CCCGCGUGACAGGGCACCAGCCAAUGGCGUGGCUCCGCGGAUCGGUUCUGCGUCGAUGCGGUCCACUUAUCAUCGAGCCCCGCACGUCACGAGCGCCUUCCUCUCUUCUGCCUGCCCGCACGACACAGCCACCGACGACACCGUCCUUGCACACAGCUAGGCCGGAAAGAUCCAACCCAACCAUGUCCAUCCUGAAGAUCUGCGCUCGUGAAAUUUUUGACUCCCGUGGGAAUCCCACCGUGGAAGUUGACCUCUACACCAAGAAAGGUCUUUUCAGAGCUGCAGUGCCGAGCGGUGCUUCAACGGGCAUCUACGAGGCUCUGGAACUCCGCGACAAUGAUAAAACUCGCUACAUGGGCAAAGGUGUCUCAAAAGCUGUUGAGCAUAUCAAUAAAACAAUUGCACCUGCACUGGUUAACAAGAAUGUGAAUGUCACGGAGCAGGAGAAAAUUGACAAGCUGAUGCUGGACAUGGAUGGAACAGAAAACAAGUCGAAGUUUGGUGCUAACGCCAUCCUGGGCGUGUCCCUGGCUGUGUGCAAGGCUGGUGCAGCUGAGAAAGGCGUGCCGCUCUACCGCCACAUUGCUAAUCUGGCUGGCAACUCUGAAGUCAUCCUCCCCGUGCCUGCCUUCAACGUUAUCAAUGGCGGCUCCCACGCCGGCAACAAGCUGGCCAUGCAGGAGUUCAUGAUCCUGCCCGUGGGCGCAAGCAGCUUCAAGGAGGCCAUGCGCAUCGGUGCCGAAGUAUACCACAACCUGAAGAAUGUCAUCAAAGAGAAAUACGGCAAAGAUGCCACCAAUGUCGGGGACGAGGGUGGCUUUGCACCCAAUAUCCUGGAGAACAAGGAAGCUCUGGAACUCCUCAAGAAUGCCAUUGGCAAGGCCGGCUACACUGACAAGAUCGUCAUCGGCAUGGACGUGGCCGCCUCCGAGUUCUACAAAGGCGGCAAGUACGACCUGGAUUUCAAGUCACCCGAUGACCCAAACCGCUACAUCUCCUCCGACAAGCUUGCCGACCUCUACAAGAGCUUCGUGAAGGACUACCCGGUCGUGUCCAUUGAGGACCCCUUCGACCAGGAUGACUGGGAAGCGUGGAGCAAAUUCACUGCCAGCACCAGCAUCCAGGUGGUGGGCGACGACCUCACCGUCACCAACCCCAAGCGCAUCGCCAAGGGCGUGGCCGAAAAGUCCUGCAACUGCCUGCUGCUCAAAGUCAACCAGAUCGGCUCAGUCACCGAGUCUCUGCAGGCCUGCAAGUUGGCCCAGAGCAAUGGCUGGGGUGUGAUGGUCAGUCAUCGCUCUGGAGAGACCGAGGACACCUUCAUCGCAGACCUUGUCGUCGGUCUCUGCACUGGACAGAUCAAGACUGGCGCACCUUGCCGAUCUGAGCGCUUGGCCAAGUACAACCAGCUGCUCCGGAUUGAAGAGGAGCUUGGUGACAAGGCCCGUUUCGCCGGCCAGAACUUCCGACACCCCAUCUGAGCUGCACGGUCAUCCUCAGGCUUCUGUGUUCAUCACUCAUAGUCGUCAUACUGAAACGCCACGCAAAGUCGCUUGCCUUGUCCCACUCUGCGGCCUGCGGCAUGGUGAUGUGUCAAGCACCUCCUCAAAGUAUGCUUUAGCUCCUGAAAAAUAAUUCUAGUAAUACUAAUGAUAAUCCCUUCUGUGUCUGAGGUGCCUGUGUAGCUUCUUGUGAGUUGUAGUAAAUCUUGGUGCUCUACUGAGUAAUUGAGCUACUCUAACUUUACUACUUGUCUCCAGCAAUGGAAAAGGGUGUUAUAUGUGCAAUGUGUCUCAUCCGACAAAUGUCUUGUGUUGCUGUAAACGUUGGCACAAAUAUAUAAUAAAAAUAUAGUUUGAAA